AUGAGCUCUACCUCGAUUCAACUUCCCGCCGCGUAUGCCUCUCUCAGCCAUGACAACAUUUCGAUCUCUCACGUGCCGGAAACCGCCCCGACGGCGACGAAGGUCGUCGUCGUGACUCUCAACCGACCGCAGAAGUACAACGCCAUGACGUUGGACAUGUUCACGACCCUAGAAUCAUUCUUCAACACCGUCAGCGAGGACGACAGGGUCCGGGCUGUCGUACUUACGGGCGAGGGGAAAGCGUUCUCAGCCGGCGCGGAUCUCGACGUUGGGUUCAUGGGCAUGGUGGCUCUCAAAGAGACUGAAGAUUCUAUGAACAGCUUCCGAGACUGGGGCGGACGGCUGGCGUUGGCGAUCUCGAAUUGCAAGAAGCCCACCAUCGUCGCGUUCAACGGGUCGGCGGUUGGGGUUGGUCUCACGAUGUCCCUUCCCGCCGCCAUCCGGGUGGCCUGGGAGGGCGCAAAGGUCGGUUUCCCGUUCGCUCGACGGGGGUUGGUUCUCGAAUCGUGCAGCGCCUUCUUCUUGCCCCGACUCAUCGGGCUUUCCAAGGCCUCCCAUCUCGCCACGACGGGAGACGUGUACCCCGUGUACGACCCGCUGGUGAGCGGCUUGUUCUCGAAACUAUUGCCCACGCCUCGAGAGACGGUUGAGUACGCGCUCAAGCUGGCGCAAGAUAUCGCCGAAAACACGUCACUGGUCAGCACGAAGAUGAUGCGUGACAUGAUGGUGUAUUGCCCUCCGACGCCGGAGGAUGCCCACAUCUUGGACUCGAGGAUCUUUGUGCAGAUGGCCGGCACGAAUGAUAACAUCGAAGGGGUGAAGAGCUUCCUGGAGAAGAGGAAGCCGGUGUUUACGGAUACGGUGACGCGAGAGAGCAUGCCGUUUUGGCCUUGGUGGGAUCCGACGACGAGUGAUCGGCAAAUCAACAGGUUCGAGAAGGGCUCCAAGCUGUGA